AUGGCAGCGAAAUUGAAUGCAAUCGUGCUUGUCGUAGCUCUGUGCUUCGCCCAAAAUGGAUAUUCUUGGGAUGAAAAUAAGUUCAACUGCGUCUACAAUCCGCCAUGCACUCAAUACUUUAGAGACCGUGGUCAGUACUACUUUGCCUAUGAUGCCAGCAACUCUACAUUUGUUCAAUGUGAUCAGUGGGGAGGUUGUUUCCACAUGCCAUGUGCUCCUGGAACUGUCUGGAGUACUAGGGCCUACACCUGCAUCCAAGGGAACUCCAAUGGCCUGCUAACUACGACUAAACCUACUACAACAACUACGAGGUUUGUUCGAGAUCUUGGCAAGUACAACUGCAGCAUCAACCAACCAUGCACUCAAUACUUCAGAGAUCGUGGCCAGUACUACUUUGCUAAUGAUGCCAGCAACUCCAAUUUUGUUCAAUGUGAUGAGUGGGGAGGUUGUUUCGUAAUGCCAUGUGCUCCUGGAACUGUCUGGAGUACAGUGGCUUACACCUGCGUAAAUGCCUGA